AUGAGUACUACUAUGAUGACUUAUUUGAAUUACAUGUCCACUUGGGACACGGAGAGCGAUGAAAACAUCGACAGACUGAUUACCGAGCAAAGCCUGUUCGUCGGUCUGGGCGACUUCGAUUCGGACUCCGCUGUCGACAGCGAAUUCGACACGCUCAUUGAUUUGGCCACCACAGUGCGUGAUGAUACCAUUGCUGCGGAUGCAACCCAAAUCGCUGCCGACGCCGCCGCGGUGUCGUCCAUCUGGUCGUUCGGCCUGGGCAUGGCCGCGUUCGCAGGACUUGAGGUGGCCGUGACAGUGGAAAAAGGCGUCGUCUCCAGCAAAUCGAAGGAGUUGAACGACAAGUUGGCAACGGCCGAUACCGAUAUCUCGUCUAAAAUCAAUCCCAACGUCCACCUUUACGUCGUCCAAUACAAGGCGAAUAACGACUUGAUCGCGUCGAAAGCGCCGGCCGGCCUCGACACCAGAACAUGCCGCUCGCUGCUCAUGCAGUUUCUUGCGCAAGUUCAACAUCUCGAUAAAAAGCUCGAUGCCGUUGGCUUCAGGAAAUACGCGGAGUCGGCGAGAAAGCUCUUCAACAGCAGUGAGAUCGACAAAGUUUAUGAUGCCUUGGAUACCUUGAAUCUCAGUGAAAAGACGGAUGCCGAUAUCCAGCAAUACAUGGGGUUCAUUAAGGGACUGAACUACCCUAGUACCGAGCUGGCAUUCGUCCAAAACACUUCGAUUGCCAUCAUGUCUAUCAAGCUGGGCAUCGCUAACAAAACCAUCAAAGAGAACGCCGAGGCUGCUGGACUCCAAGUUGAAGAAGUGGAGUCCAGCGCUUUCGGUAUGCUCGAUGCAACGGGAAAAUUCAUCACUGUCGUCGCGGUCAUCAUGUCGGUGGUCGAUACGGUUUUCGAGAUCCUUAACAUCGUCGACGUGGUGGAACAAACGAAGGAUAUGUGCAACCAACUGAACGGAACCAUCAAAGACAGCUACAAGAAUUAUUUCAACGGCAUUAAGACUGCGUCCCAGAAAUACAACGAGGCGAUCGCUGAGGCUGGCCUUGCUUAA